GUUAUGUCGUAAAUGUAAGCUAACAAAAAAUGCCGAUACAAUCUAUGUAAUAAUAUACAUAUAUAUAUGUAUACCUACUGCGAUUAUUAUAAUUCAACCUUAGUAUCCGCCGGGGUGAUAUAAUUAUUAUUUAUCGUUGUCACGAUGUCCACGCCUAAAUGUUUUAUGUAGGUACCUAACCUAUAUAUAUAUACUCGACAGGUAGGUAGGUGUAUAGGCUUGUAUACUCAUAACUUUUUUAUGAAGAGUACCUACGACGGAGUGCGUGCUAAUAGGUACCUGAAUAUCGUAAAAUAGACCACCGAGACAAUCACGAGAACAUAUUAUGGUAUAAUAUUAUGUACCUAAACAUAAUAUAGGUAUAUCAUGUGACCACAGACCGGCGCACCACGUAACCGCGGGUGACCGAAGUGACUUUAUUGCUGCCAUACAGCCGUGCAUGCCGUUCGGGUGGAAUGAAAUUUCGGCCGAGAAUCACCAUCAUGUCGGCCGUGCACGAUAUCAGAAGGAACAAACACAACUCUGUGAGCCCGAGUACGAUGUCCGCGCAAGAGUACAGUGCAAAAGAAUUCAACGAAUAUCUUAACAAGACCGGAGUUCAUUACUACAUUCGGUACGUGUUGACAUUUGCGUCGAUAUUUGGCGUUUUCCCGGUCAGCAGCAUAUACCGUCGAGAUGUCUACAAAUUGACGUUUCGCUGGUAUUAUCCGAUAGCUAUUUACUCGAUUCUCCUGUUCUGUGGAUUCGUGUCCAUUGAAAUAUUCUCGUUGGACUAUACCAUACGAAACUUGAACCAAGACAAUCUAACCGCAAAAGGAGGGAUAAAAAAAGCCACAUCGGGAAGUAUAUUUUAUGGUAACGCGUGUUGCGCACUGUGGAUGUUCAUGAAACUAGCUAAGAAAUGGCCUAAGCUGAUGCAGGACUGGCGGUCAGUAGAGAUUUCGAUGAGGAGGUUUGGUGCUCCAAGACUCGGGUGGAAAUCGACUACUUUGGCUGUGGUAUUGUUAGUGUUCGCGUUCACUGAACAUGGCUUACAUAAUUGGUUGAAUACGAGGCCCGGUGGUAAAGACGACAUUGCUUCCAUGUCGCUGAUCGACAACGAUGAUAAUGGCAGUCUUAUACUUCUCGAUCAGUCCGCGACGUUCACAGGGUAUCUCGAGAGGUUCUCUCUAAAAACGCAUUGGUACUUGUACGACGACUAUGACAGUUACAAUCCGGUAAAAGGCUUCUUAGUAAUGUGGUUGAGCCUGACUGCGACGUUCCUGUGGAAUUUCACCGAUCUCUUCAUCAUGUUGGUCAGCUCAGCACUGGCGGCUCAGUUUAAGAAACUUACCAAGUCCAUGCAUAGCGUCAGAGGUCAAAUGCUGACAAUGUCGCAGUGGCAGGAAUACCGAGAGACGUACACGUCCUUAACUCACCUGGUCAAGAAAAUCGACGAUCACAUCAACGUCAUAGUGGCGUUGUCGAUAGGCAGCAACAUUUAUUUCAUUUGCGCUCAGCUCAUUACGGAAAUCGAUUCCAUCAAACACAGCUACUUCAGAACGCUAUUCUACAUGUACUCGUUUAUGUUUUUGGUGUUUCGGACCACUGCAGUCGUGAUGCAAGCGUCCGCUAUAAACGACGAGAGCAAAAAAAUUGUGCCAGAAAUUUUUAUGUGUCCAACGCAUAGUUAUAGCAUAGAAGUGCUGAUACCUACAAUAGACACAUUAUCCGAUUAUCACUAAUCAAACUUAAUACUUAUCGUAAAUAAACAACUUGCUACUUCAA